AUAUUAGCCGCCUAGCUUAAUACCUUGGAAUACAGUUGUGAAACAAACGCAUGUACUAGUUUUAACCGCGAGCAUUUCUUCCUAAUUUUGUGAGUUUUUUUUAUUGGAUGUAGAUAAACUAUUAUAAGAACUCAGUGGCAAUAUUCUGUCUACAGAGUCCGGCAGCGGGCAGGUGACAUAAAUAUGCCAGAAAUUAAAGUAACACCUUUAGGUGCUGGACAGGAUGUCGGUCGCAGCUGCAUCCUCGUCUCCAUCGGAGGCAAAAACCUCAUGCUGGACUGUGGGAUGCACAUGGGAUACAACGACGAUAGGCGUUUCCCAGAUUUCUCCUAUAUAACACAGAACGGGCGUCUGACAGACUUCUUAGACUGCGUGAUCAUCAGCCACUUUCACCUGGACCACUGCGGCGCCCUGCCUUAUAUGAGCGAGAUGGUGGGCUACGAUGGGCCCAUCUACAUGACCCAUCCCACCAAGGCCAUUUGUCCCAUUUUACUUGAAGAUUUCCGGAAGAUCACUGUUGACAAAAAGGGAGAAACCAACUUCUUCACCUCGCAGAUGAUCAAGGACUGCAUGAAGAAAGUGAUUCCUUUGAACCUCCACCAAACUGUCCAGGUGGAUGAUGAGCUGGAGAUCAAGGCGUACUACGCAGGCCAUGUCCUGGGAGCUGCUAUGGUGCAUAUCAAAGUGGGAUCAGAGUCUGUGGUCUACACGGGGGACUAUAACAUGACACCCGACAGGCAUUUAGGUGCUGCUUGGAUCGAUAAAUGCCGUCCAGACAUCCUAAUAUCAGAGUCGACGUACGCCACAACCAUCCGUGACUCAAAAAGGUGCAGAGAAAGGGAUUUUCUGAAGAAAGUUCAUGAAUCCAUAGAAAGAGGAGGAAAGGUCCUGAUUCCAGUUUUUGCCCUGGGACGUGCGCAGGAGCUCUGCAUCCUUCUGGAAACAUUUUGGGAAAGAAUGAACUUAAAGGCCCCGAUCUACUUUUCCACUGGGCUAACAGAGAAAGCCAAUCAUUACUACAAGCUUUUUAUAACAUGGACCAACCAGAAGAUCCGAAAAACCUUUGUGCAGAGAAACAUGUUUGAAUUUAAACAUAUCAAGGCCUUUGAUCGCUCCUAUGCAGAUAAUCCUGGACCAAUGGUGGUGUUCGCCACACCAGGUAUGCUGCAUGCUGGCCAGUCUUUGCAGAUAUUCAAGAAAUGGGCUGGCAAUGAGAAGAACAUGGUGAUCAUGCCAGGGUAUUGUGUGCAAGGGACUAUUGGUCAUAAGAUCCUAAAUGGGCAAAGAAAACUGGAGAUGGAAGGAAGAUCAACACUGGACGUGAAGCUGCAGGUGGAGUACAUGUCCUUCAGCGCACAUGCUGAUGCAAAGGGCAUCAUGCAGCUCAUCCGCAUGGCAGAGCCUCGCAACAUGCUGCUCGUGCAUGGGGAGGCUAUUAAAAUGGAGUUUCUUAAGGGGAAGAUCGAGCAGGAGUUCAGUAUAGACUGUUACAUGCCAGCUAACGGGGAGACGGUGACCGUGAUGACUAACCCCAGCGUUCCUGUCGAUAUGUCACUCAACCUGCUCAAGAGGGAGAUGGCUCUUGGAGGCCCUCUUCCUGAUCCUAAAAAGCCCCGCACCAUGCAUGGAACCCUGAUCAUGAAGGAAAAUAGCUUGAAGCUGGUGUCGUCGGAGCAGGCCCUGAAAGAGCUGGGCCUCAACGAGCAUCAGUUACGCUUCACCUGCCGGGUGCAGUUCCAGGACCCGCACAGUGACUCCGACACUCUCCACAGAAUAUACACACACCUCAAGAGUGUGCUAAAAGAUUACACCAUCCAGCACCUCCCUGAUGGCACCGUCAUGGUGGAAUCCAUCGUGAUCAAAGUCUCCUCUUCGGCCGAAGACGCCAACGCCAAAGUCCUGCUGUUGUCCUGGAGUUAUCAGGAUGAAGAUCUGGGAAGCUACCUCUCAUCUCUGCUCAAAAAGGGCCUUCCAACUUGACUCUGCUGUGCAGAAAAUGUCAAUUUUCGUCUUGUCAACAUACACAUUGAGACCAGAGCUGCUUCCUUUUCUAAGCAGAGGAACUGCGACAACUACGACUGCUCCUGUCCUGUUCAUCCGAUGACUGAAACUCCAAGAGAAAUUCAGAUUUUGAUUUUAUUUUGAAAGAUUCCACCAUUAUAAACAGUUUUACAGAAAAAGCUUCACUGUGUAAUGUUGUACCUAUAUAUCCAGUGUUUAAGUUAUUUACUGUUGUGUAUUGACAUCUACAGUGGAUAUAAAUGUGUACACCCAAGUUAAAAUGUUACGUUUUUGUGACAAGAAAAAAAGAGACCUUGCUUCUUCCACCAUUAAUGUGAUAUACUGUGUAUCCUCUAAAAUUCAGUUGAACAUCAAACCCAUUAGUAGGAAAAUAUAAGAAAUAAAAAGCUGAAGUUCUUUGUAA